GGCCGAUGAUAGUUUAACGAAUGGUAACGAGUUCAGCCGACUGGGGCCGAAGUUUAGCCAAUGAUGUUCCGCUUCAUCCAAACAUCUCACUAGCUUCAGAGCUAGCCCAGUAGAUUCAGUGUUUUCUUUUGUAAUGUAUUGAAUGCCUUUUCACUUAUUUUAAAUACAAACACAACUAUCCCAGAUCGCAACAAUGGAUAGCGAAAUGUCAGAUAUUGACCAUGCACCAGGGCCAGAGACCAGCAGUAUGGAUGGAGAGAAUGCACCACUGUACUGUAUCUGCAGGAAACCCGACAUCAACUGUUUCAUGAUCGGCUGUGAUAACUGUAAUGAGUGGUUCCAUGGACACUGCAUCAACAUCACAGAGAAGACUGCAAAGGCAAUCCGAGAAUGGUACUGCACGAACUGCAGAGGUGAAAACUCGUCACUGGAAAUAAAGUAUAGAUCCAAGAAACCCAAAGAGAAGGACACUGAGCCUGACAGAACUGAAAAAUCCUACAGCACCCCGAGUACUCCAGACUAUAAGAGUGAAAGGCGGCGUGGAUCUAAAGUGAAGCGUUCAGUCCGUAUGUGUGGGGAAUGUGAGCCCUGCAGAAGGACUGAGGACUGUGCUCAGUGUGACUUCUGCAAGGACAUGAAGAAGUUUGGAGGCCCAAACAAAAUCAGACAGAAGUGCAGGUUUAGGCAAUGUGAGGUUCGAGCCAGGAACGUUCUUUGUUGUAAGAGGGGUAUCAUUCAUGAAGAAGCUUCAAAGAAAAUGCUGCGCGUGAAGGACGAAGAACUAUCUCUGCAAGAAAGGAGAGAGAACCACAGACGGAGACGGUACUCUGACGACUAUGACAGUGAAGCAGAACUCUACCAGCAGUAUAAGGCAGCAGGAAUCAAUAAUAGCCUGACAUGGGCUACUGAUGACGAUGAUGAGCCCCCUUUCAGUCCAGUCAUGCGCAAGAAAGCUGUGAAGGUGAAGCAUGUCAAAAGACGAGAAAAGAAGUUUGACAAAAAGAAGGAGGCACGACGUCACAAACAGAAGCAGAAGCACAAAGACAAAACCAGAUACAGUGAGAAGGGAGAGCUCCGGGAUAACACAGGUCAGCGUCAGUGUCUAGGGCCAAACUGUGUGGAAGCAGCAAGAGCCAACUCCAAAUACUGCUCUGAGGAUUGUGGCAUGAAGUUAGCAGCAAACCGGAUUUAUGAGAUCCUCCCUCAGCGUAUCCAGCAGUGGCAGCAGAGUCCCUGCAUCGCUGAGGAGCAUGGUAAAAAGCAACUUGAGCGCAUUCGUAAGGAACAGCAGAAUGCCCGGCUGCGUCUCACAGAAAUGGAGCGGCGCUUUCAUGAACUCGAAGGCAUCAUUGCCAAGGCCAAGCAGCAGGCGGUUCAGCAGGACGAGGAGGUGAAUGAAGGUGACAGUGAGGACACAGACCUGCAGAUUUUCUGUGUCUCUUGUAGUCAUCCAAUCAAUCCAAAAGUGGCGCUGAGACAUAUGGAGAGAUGUUACGCAAAGUAUGAGAGUCAGACGUCCUUUGGUUCCAUGUACCCUACAAGAAUAGAGGGAGCAACCAGACUGUUCUGUGAUGUGUACAAUCCCCAAAGCAAAACAUAUUGUAAGAGGCUUCAGGUUUUGUGUCCAGAACACUCGAGAGAUCCUAAGAUCCCAGUGGAUGAGGUGUGCGGAUGUCCUCUGGUGAAGAAUGUGUUUGAGCUGACUGGAGAUUACUGCAGAGUCUCCAAAAGGAAAUGCAACAAACAUUACAACUGGGAAAAGCUGAGGAGAGCAGAAGUUGACCUGGAAAGGGUCAGAGUGUGGUACAAGUUGGACGAGCUCUUUGAACAGGAGCGUAAUGUCAGGACUGCAAUGACCAACAGAGCUGGUCUGCUCGCUCUGAUGCUGCACCAAACUAUUCAGCAUGAUCCCAUUACGACUGAUCUCAGGACUAACAAAGAUAGGUAGUGGAACUUGUCUGCAUCUCAGAAUCUCUGUAUGCAACAUGGCUUUGAACUUAAUAACUACCAUUUGAACGAUUUUAUAACUAGAUGAUUAUUUUAAAACCUUUGUAUGAGUAUUAACUUGAAGAUGUUAACGGAUGGAUAUAUAUUUUUUGAUUGGUAGAUGAAUUGCUGUUUUGAAACUGCUGGUUUUGGUAUGAUUGACCUGAAUAAACAUCUUAAAGUGCUAA